AUGUCGACAAAGUCCCUUGGUGUUGCCCUCAUUACUGGAGCCUCGCAAGGCAUCGGUAAAGCGAUUGCCUUGCGAUUAGCCAAGGAUGGGUUCCGCGUUGCCCUCAACGACAUUCCAAACAAGGAUCCACAGCUAAGGAGCCUCGCUCGCGAGAUAGAACGUGAAUACGGUGCGAAGACCUACGUCACCCCAGCAGAUGUUUCGAACGAGAGUGAAGUAGAGAAAAUGGUUGUUCAAACAUCCAAGGCUCUGGGUGGAUUAGACGUGAUGGUUGCGAAUGCUGGUAUCUUCCACGAAGGCGCGCUGGUCAACGAUUGUGGGCUCAUAUCGUCUCCCCCGAAUAGCUCGUUAAUCAAAGUAGUAUUUGUAGUUCCCACGGAGACAUGGAAGAAGACGUUCGCUAUCAACGUCGAUGGCGUGUUCUUCAGCUACAAGUAUGCUGCCAGACAGAUGAUUGCCCAAGGUCGCGGAGGAAGGAUUCUCGGCGCGUCCUCUAUAGCUGGCAAAAGGCCUGCAGCUCACUUUAGUGCUUACACUGCUUCAAAGUACGCUGUACGAGGAUUAACUCAGAGCCUCGCCCUGGAGCUUAGUGGACAUGGAAUAACAGUUAAUGCUUAUGCACCAGGCCUUAUCAACACCCCCAUGACUGCUGGAUCGUUUCGAGAAAAUGACGACGCAGUCUUGGCUGUGAUGGGCUUGACAACACCAGUCAAGUACAAGUUCGGCGAGCCUGAAGACAUAGCGAGCCUUGUAUCGUACUUGGCUUCUAAAGAAGCCCAUUAUAUCACGGGUCAGACCUUUCUGGACAUCAACGUUUUAUCCGUAGAUUUCACCGAAUGGAGGCAUAGUUUUUGA